AUGGCCAUCCGAGAUGAAGAGAAUGUUAAGUGGCCAAAUCCCUUAAAGCCAAAAUCAGGAAAUCAAGAGCAAUACUAUCACUUCCACCGUAGCCGUAGACACACAACUGAAGCAUGCAAACAACUUAAAGAGGAAAUCGAGAGACUAAUUCGACAAGGUUACCUUGGUCGGUUCAUAGCAAACACACCCAGUCGUAAUGACAUUCCUCCUGCUGGGGGGCAACCGACACAAAGACAACCUCAAAAUAAUCGUCAAAUGGUUGGAGAGAUCGAGACUAUCAUUGGGGGUCCAUUAUUAUCCAACCAAGUCUUACUUGCGGUGAACGAGGAGCCAGCACAAAAGAAAGUUCGUGCUGACAAUUGUAUCACUUUUGAUGAUGUUGAUCUAGAGGGCAUUCAGAUCCCUCAUCAGGAUCCACUUGUAAUUAACGCGGGGAUUGGUGAUCCAUGCUUUAAUGUCAAAAGGAUCUUAGUUGAUAAUGGGAGCUCAGUGGAUGUCCUAUUUUACUCUACUUUUCUUAGUAUGGGCCUUGUGAGGGAAAAGCAUCAGCCAGUUGCAGGACCAUUAUAUGGGUUUGAUAAUCGACCUGUACGAGUAGAAGGGACGAUUAGCCUCCCAAUAACACUUGGGGAAUUUCCUCGGCAAACUACUCAUCAAAUCCAAUUCAUCGUAGUAAAAUCAGAAUCAGCUUACAAUGCUAUUUUCGGGAGACCACUACAAUCAAUUUUUGGAGUUAUUCUCUCUAUUCCACAUCUCAAGAUGAAGUUUUUAACCCCACAUGGGAUUGGCGUGGUGCGUGGAAAUCAACAAAUAGCACAAUCAUAUCGUCAACAAGCCAUUGAAGAGGAAGUUGAUAAACUCUUGGAGGUUGGACUUAUACGAGAGGUACACUAUCCCGCAUGGCUGGCAAAUGUUGUCAUGAUUAAGAAAGCUAGUAGAGCUUGUAGGAUGUGUGUGGACUACACAAACCUCAAUAAAGCUUGCCCGAAGGAUAGUUUUCCACUCCCUCGUAUUGACCAACUAGUCGAUGCCACGUCUGGGCACCAAAUGCUGAGCUUCAUGGAUGCAUACUCUGGCUACAAUCAGAUAAAGAUGGAUCCCAUAGAUGAGGAAGCAACAGCUUUUCAGACGAAUAAAGGACUAUACUGCUAUCGGGUCAUGCCAUUUGGACUCAAGAAUGCUGGAGCCACAUAUCAACGCCUUAUGAAUAAGGUUUUUAAAGAUCUUAUAGGGCGAACUAUGGAGGUAUAUGUAGAUGAUAUGCUGGUAAAAAGUCUUAAAAAAUCACAGCAUAUCUCUGACUUAGAACGAUGCUUCUCCCUCCUUCGAUCCUAUGGCAUACGCCUCAAUCCUGCCAAGUGCACAUUCGGAGUCACCUCAGGAAAAUUCUUAGGUUUUAUGGUUACACACCGUGGGAUUGAGGCAAAUCCUGAAAAGAUAAGGGCACUAAGAGAUAUGGUGCCCCCAAGGAGCAUUAGAGAAGUGCAACGUCUAAAUGGAAGAAUUGCAGCUCUUUCUCGUUUUUUGGCUCGCUCAGGUGAUAAAUACUUGCCCUUCUUUAAGACACUAAGAGGAGCCUGUAACUCAGGAUUCAAAUGGACAGAUGAAUGCCAGGAGGCUUUCGAACAGCUCCGAAUUUAUCUAUCCUCACCUCCACUACUUUCAAAGCCAGUACCAGGAGAAAUGUUGUACAUAUAUAUGGCUGUCUCCUCGCAUGCUAUAAGCUCGGUCUUGAUCCGAGAGGAGAAUGGUAUUCAACGUCCCGUCUAUUAUGUUAGCAAUGUCCUUUCUGAAACGGAAAUACGUUACCCGUUAGCAGAUAAGACGGCUUUGACAUUAAUCUUCUCAGCCAGAAAAUUACGCCCCUAUUUUCAAGCUCACACGAUUGGGGUCUAUACAAACCUCCCAUUAAGAAAUAUUCUCCAAAAGCCCGAAGCAUCUAGAAGAUUAAUCAAGUGGUCAGUGGAACUUGGAGAAUUUGACAUCCAUUUUCUUCUUAGACCCGACAUCAAGUCACAAGUGCUUGCAGACUUUGUGGUCGAAUGUACCAACCUUGCCUCUGAUGAACCGCUAGUCACUCCUCCUCUUUCACCUUGUUGGACACUAUAUGUUGAUGGAGCCUCUGGGAGUUCUGGUGCUGGGGCUGGAAUCUUAUUGAUCUCUCCACAACAAGUCACUUUCGAAUAUGGACUUCGGCUGAAGUUUCCUGCUAUAAAUAAUGUUGCUGAGUAUGAAGCUCUUAUUGCAGGAAUACGAUUGGCUAUAGACUAUGAGGUCCAAAAUUUGAUGAUUCAUACUGAUUCUCAACUUGUUGCCUCUCAAGUUGAAGGAGAAUUUGAUGCCCAUAAUCCAUCUUUGGCACAAUAUUGUGGUAUAGCAAAGUCACUUCUUACUCACAUAAAAAAGUAUCAAAUUGUUCAUGUACUCCGGGAGCAGAAUGCCCGUGCAGACGCCCUCUCAAAGCUCGCUACAUCAGCAACAAUGGACCUUUUCAGAAGAAGUUAUAUCGAGGAAAUACACUUCCUGAGCAUCGAAGGUCCCUGGAUUAUACAAUCCAUUGAUGAGACAAGAGAACCGUCUUGGAUGGAUCCUAUCUUAUCAUUCUUGCAAAAUGGUGUGCUGCCCGAAGACUUGACAGUUGCAAUGCGACUCCGAAGGAAAGCAGCUAACUUUACAAUUAUUGGUGGAGAAUUAUACAAGCGAGCCUUUACCGGGCCAUAUCUUAAGUGUCUCCCACCAUCAGAGGCCGAUUAUGCGCUACGGGAAGUCCAUUCAGGUAUAUGUGGAGAACACUUAGGAGGAAAAGCGCUUGCUCUUAAGAUUAUGAGGCAAGGGUUCUACUGGCCCACGAUAAAACAAGAUGCAUUGGAGUUCGUCCAAAAAUGUAAUAAUUGUCAGCUGCACGCCAACCUCACCCAUUCACCUGCUGUGGAAAUCUCAUCACUUCAAAGCCCAUGGCCUUUCGCCCAAUGGGGGAUAGAUAUAAUAGGACCCUUUCCUAUAGCUUCCGGACAACGAAACAAAGAUCAUUACCGAUAA